AUGGUGCGGCCCGCCACCAUGCUGCUGGUGGUGCUGAUGGUCGCGGCGGUGGUCGCCGCCGCUGGUUCAACACCUUUCAGCGGCUGGUACAGCGGGGCAGCGACCUUCUACGGCGGCCCGCAGGAUUCGGCCACCACCGAAUAUAACACUAAGAUAGCCACCGGCUCCUGCGGCUACGGCGACAUCGACCCCAAACUCUGGCCUUUCUACCUCGUCGCCGGCCUGAGCCCCUCAAACCCUCUCAUCCAAAGCCUCAAGGAGCGCGGCUGCGGCUCGUGCCUGGAGGUCGAGUGCGUCGGCGCACCCUGCCACCCAGGAGUUGGGCCCGUGCAGGCACUGAUUACGGAUGAGUGCGCCGAGCGCUGCAGCUCAUCGCAGGUCAACCUGCACGUGUUUGGCUUUGAGAUGCUGGCGCCCACUGACCUAGGCACUGUGGAUGUCCGUUACAGGCUGAUCGCCUGUGAGCCCGUGGACCCCAUCACCAUACAUGUCGACGCCUACCGCGUGACUGAGGGCGGCUGGCUGCGGCUGGCGCUCAAGAACAUCGGCGGCGACGGCCAGAUCGCUGCUGUUGAGUUGGCCCCCGCCGCCGCGACCAACCUCAACGCGUCCUCCACCUUCAUCGAGCCCAGGGUAGUGCGCAGCCCCCGCGCCCGCGGCGGCGGCCUCUGGCGCAAGGCCAACAACACAUACGGCGCCGCCUGGGAGCUCAAUGGUGUCCCGCCCCCGCCCCUGCACAUGCGCAUCACCAACGCGCGGGGUCAGACGAUUGUCAUCGCCGACGCCAUUCCACGCGCCGGCGUCCUUGGGGACAUCGAGACCGAGGCACAGUUCCCGCCCCUUGCAACCCCACAAGCCGCCGAAGGCACCCUGGCCGCGCCGCUCGUGCCGCCACCCGGCGCCUAUCUUGCGCCCGGCACCCCCAACGUCCUGAUCUUCCACGGCCCAGACCCUGAGCCCCUGCCGGCCGACGGGGACGCCGGCGCCGGCGCCGGCGACGCAGACGCCCCAAGCUCGCCCGCCGACCCGGCUGGCAUGGCGGCGACAGUGGCAGCGGGCGAGGAUGGCGCGCAGUACGCCGUAGCCGGGUUUGCGGACGACAACGGCGAUGGUAUUGCUGACGAGGAGCCGGGUGUAAUCGGCAUGCCCGACACCUCCGCAAACGCCACCGCCGCCGCCGCGUCGCCCGCGCCCGUCAAGGCGGGGCCGCCCAAGUACGUGCCCGCGCCGUCCGCCGCAGGCGGACCGGGGCGGCGCAUGCUGAGGCAGUGCAUGCGCAACAGGGCGCCCGCGUGA